CGAUCAAACAUUUGAUUGAUUAGAAAUUGAAAGAAAAGCAAACAUAAACAAAUUCAAACAAAUAAAUAUUUUAUUUUGCCCUAAUCACAAAUAAUAAUGUCAACAUCGCCACAAAUAGACAAAAUAUCACCGGAAGAGUUAAUGAAGCUACGUAGUGAAUGCAUGGAACGCUUACGAGAGGCUAAACUCUACGAAUUGCGAAACGAUGCCAAGUUGCGGGCAGUGAAUACAACUCAGACAUAUGAUGAAUUCAAAGACAUUGUGGAUGCGGCUCAUUUACAACCGAUUAGUAAACAGGAUAAAAUGAAUGCGAAGACGAAGAGUCGUUUGUGGAACUCAGCAGCUCGCGAAAAUUAAUUUACUAACAUAUCACAGGACUGUUCUAGGACAAUUAAAUAACUGAUCGAUGUCUUGUAAUUCUACAAAUCAGUCGAUUGAAAAUUAAAAUAAAUACACAAACUUAUAUUUUCGAAAUGCAAGUUUUAUUAUUUUUCUCAUUCUAAUCUCGUUAUUAGUUGCUUAGAUAGAGUUGGCGUUGUUCACAACCCAGGAGUGGUAUGAAGCGACAUCGGCAUAAACACCGGGGUAUCUGGCAACAGCACAGCCUUUGCCCCAUGAAACGACACCAACAAGUACACCACCGGAUACCAAUGGGCCACCGGAAUCACCUUGGCAAGAAUCCUUACCGCUGGCAGCAGCACAGACCAUACCGGACUUAAUGGCCGAACCGUAACCGUAUGAGCUGGAGGCACAUUUGCUGCGAUCGACGAUUGACACGUUGAUGUAUUGCAAUUGACUGGGGAGAGUGUUUGAGCCAGAUUUCUGUGUACCCCAACCGGAUACUGAUGCGGAGGCGCCAUUGCCGGGUGUGCUGGUAGCCAAGCCAAUAGACCUAACGUUCGAGCUGAAUGACAGUGAUGAGGAUAGUUUGAUGAUGGCAAUAUCG